AUGCCCUUAGGCACGGCCAUACAUAACAUAGAAAUAACACUUGGAAAGGGUGGACAAUUAGCUAGAGCAGCGGGUGCUGUAGCGAAACUGAUUGCAAAAGAGGGUAAAUCAGCAACAUUAAAAUUACCUUCUGGAGAGGUCCGUUUGAUAUCAAAAAACUGCUCAGCAACAGUCGGACAAGUGGGGAAUGUUGGGGUAAACCAGAAAAGUUUGGGCAGAGCCGGAGCUAAACGUUGGCGAGGCAAGCAUCCUGUAGUAAGAGGGGUAGUUAUGAACCCUGUAGACCAUCCACAUGGGGGUGGUGAAGGGAGGGCCCCAAUUGGUAGAAAAAAACCCUCAACUCCUUGGGGGUAUCCUGCACUUGGAAGAAGAACUAGAAAAAGGAAGAAAUAUAGUGAUAAUUUGAUUCUUCGUCGCCGUAGUCAAUAG